UCCCCCGCCCCUUGUGAGGAGGAAGCUACUUUAAAAAACGCCCAUUCGCAGACAAAUCCUCAUUAUAUCCAAGGUGCGGCUAUUCAACAGGUGUCUGAGAAAUAGUCCCUUUUGCAUUUUACAGGCAAAACUACCAAAUUGGGUUUAUAUUUCGCUGACUACUUUCUAAAACAAUUUUACAACAACAGCUUCUUUUUUUAAGACAUCCAUUGUGUGAACGCGUGGAGGACUGCUAGUCUCAACCAGGUGGACAGUCAUUUAUUUUUUGUUCGUACAAAACAAUUAGACUUUCUACAGGUUUUACAAGAACAGUGACUUUCCUAAAACUCAGUUUGAUUCAAGGAGUUCAUAAUGGCCAACUCGGGACUCCAGAUUUUGGGGUUUGCCCUGUCGCUACUAGGUCUGAUCGGGUUAAUUGUAGGCACAAUCCUGCCCCAGUGGAAGAUGUCCGCCUAUGUCGGGGACAACAUCAUCACAGCAGUGUCUAUGUACCAGGGAUUAUGGAUGUCUUGUGCAUUUCAGAGCACCGGCCAGAUCCAAUGCAAAGUCUACGACUCAAUUCUGCAACUUGACAGUGCGCUCCAGGCAACGCGUGCCCUGAUGAUUGUGGGCAUCAUUGUGACCGUGGCUGGACUGGGGGUGGCAACCAUGGGAAUGAAGUGCAGCAACUGUGGAGGAGAUGACAAAAUAAAGAAGUCUCGCAUCACCAUGACUGGAGGCAUCAUCCUGCUGAUUGGAUCUCUGUCUGCAACUAUUGCCUGCUCGUGGUUUGCUCAUAACAUCAUCAAAGAGUUCUACAAUCCAUUCGCCCCUGUCAACUCCAAGUAUGAGUUUGGUUUAGCCAUCUUCAUUGCCUGGGCUGGAGCCUUCCUGGACAUAAUCGGUGGUGCCAUGCUCGCAGCAUCAUGCCCCAAGGGCAAACCUACACCCAAAUACCCCAUCGCCGCCACCCGCCCCCCUAGCAGCACCAAGGAAUUCGUCUGAGCAGGAGACCCCUUCCCCCCCUUCCCACCCCUCUCUCUCUGCCCUGCUGCCUGGAGGCUGAAGGAAAGGCACCCACAUGUACUGUGCAUCAGUCCAACUCAACAUGUCAUUUGGUCUCUGCCAAGUCCACCUAGAUAGCAUUGUCUUUUUUUGAACUACGUAUGUUUUACAUUUCAUCUGCAGUGAACCCUCAAUUACUGAUUGUAAGGCUGUAAUUUUAAGAUCUGUAUUUUUAUGUGACUGUUUUCGAGGACUACUCAUGAUAUUUACUUGUAAGGGAGAGCAGACGGUGAGCGUCUGCCUCUGUGAGAAUGUUUUAUAUCCCCCUCACACCAUUACUCCACUUUUCUCCCAUGUCUAUUACUGUAGGCUACAUGGACAGGCCAGAUGAUUGUAAUGAUGAAAGGGCCACCAUGAUUUGGUAUUGCAUUACAAUAGCCAAACCUCCCACAACAUCUUCUAGGAGCCAGAUGGGACAUCUAUUGUCUGACUUAAUGUUUAUGCUAGAUAUUUUUAUUUCAAUGCCUAAGACAACACAUACUAUGAGGUACCAGUCAAGACUUGUAUGAUUUGAAGGUCUGGGACGGAGUCCUCCAUAUCUUUACAAGAUUGACAGACUAUUUGCUGUAGUUCAGUUAUUGCUAUUAUCAGUGGUAAAGGAAAUCAGUGUGACUCAUUUGGUGAAACAUUUGACUCCAUACUCUCCCUUUGGUCAAGUACUUGUUUGUUUUUAUUAGCUAGUAGCCUACAGUAGGUGUGCUUCAAAAAUGGUAAAAUUAAUCUUUUCUGUCACAUUCAGAAUAUUCUACUUGUUUUUUGUUUAUUUUAAGAGUUUAUUUUAGUUAUUGUUAUAAGAUUUGGCGUCUGUAAAUAAAGUUGUGGUUUUGGGCAUA